CUGCGUCACCACGUCUCGCCAGGGUACUCCCUGCCUGCGGCUGCGUCACCGCGUCACGCCAUAGUACUGCCUGCCUGCGGCUGCGUCACCACGUCACGUCGAGGUACUGCCUGCCUGCGGCUGCGUCACCACCUCACACCAUAGUAUGCCACGUCACCGCGUCUGGCCUGGGUACUGCCUGCCUGCGGCUGCCUCACCGCGUCACACCAUAGUAUGCCACCUGCGGCUGCGUCACCGCGUCAUGCCGAGGUACUGCCCACCUGCGGCUGCGUCACCGCGUCUCGCUUGGGUACUGCCUGCCUGCGGUUGCGUCACCGCGUCACACCAUAGUACUGCCGCCUGCAGCUGCCUCAACGCGUCAGGCCGACGUACUGCCUGCCUGCGCCUGCGUCACCGCGUCCGGCCGACGUACUGCCUGCCUGCGCCUGCGUCACCGCGUCCGGCCGACGUACUGCCUGCCUGCGGCUGCGUCACCGCGUCACACCCCAGUACUGCCGCCUGCGGCUGCGUCACCGCGUCACACCCCGGUACUGCCUGCGGCUGCGUCACAGCGUCACAGCCCGGUACUGCCUGCGGCUGCGUCACAGCGUCACAGCCCGGUACUGCCGCCUGCGGCUGCGUCACCGCGUCAUGCCGAGAAAUAGAAAAAUAAUCCUUGGCCAGGCACAGUGGUUCAAGCAUGUAAUUGGGGAGUCUGCAGCAGGCGGAUCACAUGGUCAGGAAAUGGAGACCAUCCUGGCCAGUGCGGUGAAACCCCGUCUCUACUAAAAAUAC